AACAGUCGCUAUCAUGACACAUCUUCAAUAUAAGGAAAAGCUUCCUCCUUGGAAGCGUUUUAUUUGCUAAUUGGGAAGAGGUUCUGUCCUUCUGAUGGUUAGCAUUUUGAGUAGUAAUUAAUUAGCUACUCGUCUUGCCAAGCAGUGAUGUCAGCUACUAAAUGUGUUUCAGAAGUCAUCUGCAGCUAGGUUUCUAGCUCAGGAGCUCGCUAAAAUAGAGUUGCAUAAGCUAGUGCGCGCUAACGCUAGCUAACCAAGGAGAGCGAAUCCGUGACAUUAAACGCUGAGAGUUACAUUCAUGAAAGAGAGACGUUGGAAGGGAUAACUGUCAUCGUUGUGUCUCCAGGACGUGUUACCAUCACAGGCAAGUCUGUAGAGACACAUGAUUUCCCGUGAAUCUUACCUGGAGUGGGAGGGUGUUGUGAGAAAGGAAAGAGAAGGAAGGAAAGCAAGGGGACUAUAAACUAGAGUCAUGAAUCUCCAUCAGGUCCUCACAGGGGCUGUCAACCCUGGAGACAAUUGUUUCUCUGUAGGGAGCGUCAACAAUGUGCCAUUCACGGCCUAUGCAUCAGGGUGUGACGUGGUGAUUUUGGGCAGUGACUUUGAGCGACUGCAGAUCAUCCCAGGGGCCAAACAUGGCAACAUCCAGGUUGGCUGUGUCGACUGCUCACUGCAGGGUAGACAGAUUGCAGCUUCCUAUGGAAGCACUGUGUGUGUUUUUGAGCCUGUUCAGGACCCAGAUCAAAAAGACACAUCGCUGACUACGGUGAACUGCCAAUGGCAGAAGACUGGUCAGUUUGUAUUAAAGUCCAUUGUACGGAACCUGGCCUGGCAUCCUACAGGCAGUUCUCUCUUAACUGGCUCUAGUAGCCUCCAGUUGUGGUCUUAUAUUGAUGGAGUGAAAGAUGAAGCUGAAGAUGUGUUAAAGCAAACAGACAUUACCAUAAGAGACUCUCUAUCUUGCUGGAGGUGCAUCUGGCAGAGCAAGACGGCCUCUCCAGUCAGUUUAAUAAAGUUCUCCCCUGAUGGGGAAUUCUUUGCUACUGCUGGACAGGAUGACUGCCUAGUAAAGGUCUGGUACAGUACCAGUAAGUGGAAGUCAGGUGUUUCCAGACUCUUCACACCUCCAGAACCCAGUGUCAGUGUCCAGGGACAGCUGGCCUUUUCCUUUAUCUACCUGGCCCAUCCCCGCUCUGUUACCGGCUUCUCUUGGAGGAAGACCAGCAAAUACAUGCCACGAGGUGCGGUGUGUAAUGUUCUGCUCACCUGCUGUAAGGACAGCGUAUGCCGGCUUUGGGCGGAGACGCUGUUGCCGGGUGACAGCCUCCUGUCCGGUUACUCCACCUCUGGCCAACACAGUGACACACUUGGAUGUCCUGGCCCUUCUAGCAAAAACUCCUGCAAUGGGAAGAUGCAAGGAAGAACUGCCCAGGAAUUGAAUUUUCAGGAAUCACUGCACAGCUCCUUUUAUCGGGAUGUGCCCCAGCCCUCACUGACUGGCUGCCUGCCUCACAACCAGAGCCAACACUACAACCACAAGAAGAGCAGCAGCAUCAUGCCACAUGCCAAUGCUCUCUGCCACUUUCACAUUGCUGCCAGCAUCAACCCGGCCACAGACAUUCCUCUGCUGCCCUCCAUCUCCUCUCUGAGUGCCGUGGAUGACGAGGAACCUGGAGGUCCUUUUACUGUCCACUGGCUCAACAACAAAGAGCUUCAUUUCACCUUAGCUAUGGAGGUCUUUCUGCAGCAGCUCCGAGGCAGCCUGGAGCAACGGAACAGCGGAUGCUCCCAUGAAGAGCCUGAAGAUGAGGAUAACUUUGAUGAAGAUAAUAGUACCAGGCCAAGUGACCCUGAGGCUGGUGAGCUUCCUCUGGCAGCAGUGAAGCACCAGGUAGACGUGCUGUUAGAGGAAUGGAAUAAAGGGGCAGACAUGUUGUUCAGUAUCCAUCCCAUGGACGGCUCUCUGUUAGUCUGGCACGUGGACUGGUUAGAUGAAUACCAGCCAGGCAUGUUCAGACAAGCUCAGGUGUCGUUUGUGUCUCGUAUCCCUGUAGCGUUCCCUACAGGCGAUGCAAUCUCUCUGAGCCACAGUGUGGUUAUGUAUGCCUGCAACAAGAAUGUGGAUCUGGCUAUCCAGCAUGGAAGACAACGACCGCCUGGGAGCACAUUACCUCAAACCAAAUCUGCUCUAAUAAGCUACGGAGGUCAAGGAAAAGCUGCACCCAGCAGUAGUCUUCGACUAAGCAUUUUCACCCCCAACGUCCUUAUGAUCUCCAAACAUGCUGAUGGCUCCCUGAACCAGUGGGCUGUCAGCUUCGCAGAGGACUCCGCUUUCUCCACUGUGCUUAGCGUCUCUCACAAGUCACGGUACUGUGGCCACCGCUUCCACCUCAAUGACCUGGCCUGUCAUUCGUUACUCCCUCUCCUGCUUACCACCUCACACCACAAUGCCUUGAGGACCCCAGAGGCAGACAACAUCCUGACUCCUCCGGACACCUGCUCCUCUGGUUUCUCUCAUUCAACAUCUCUAUCCCGUGGCUCACGGCCCAGCCGGGUGUCCCUGGGCAUGGUUUCCCAGGAUCCCAAUGCGAUCUACAGUGAGCUGAUUUUAUGGAGAGUGGACCCUGUCGGCCCUCUGUCUUUGUCAGGCGGGGUCUCCGAGCUAGCUCGUAUCAAUUCUCUCCAUGCAUCAGCAUUUGCUAACGUAGCUUGGCUGCCCACGCUCAUUCCCAGCAGCUGUUUAGGUGUGUACUGUAACUCUCCCAGCGCCUGCUUUGUGGCAAGUGACGGCCACUCACUCAGGCUGUAUCAGGCUGUUAUUGAAGCUAAGAAACUCCUGAGUGAGCUCUCCAAUCCUGAGAUAUCCAAAUAUGUUGGGGAGGUGUUCAACAUCAUCAGUCAGCAAUCCACAGCAAAACCCGGGUGUAUAAUAGAGCUGGAUGUCAUUACUGGCUUUCAGGGGAAGGAGACACAGCUCCUGCAUGUUUUUGAGGAGGAUCUGAUCCUCGGUAGUGAGAGAGCAGAGACCACGCAGGAAACUCCUGAUUCUCCUCACACUGCCUCUAGCGAGCCGGCCUUCUCGGCACGUUUUUUCCUCGUGGUGGUCGAAUUGACCCCAGCAGGUCGCUCUCUCCUCCACAUGUGGCAUCUCCAUCUUGCAGCUCAACCUGUCACCAUGGAAGAUACCACGACAGAGAAGGAUGCCGCCACAGCUUCUCCUAUGAACAGCUCUCAGUUUAACUUUGACACGUUCAGUUCUCCGGUAACUCAGAAGAGUAAACCUUGCACUUCCAAUCUGCAGAGUGCCAGUCGCCUCAAUCUCACAACACACAGGCUAUACAGCCAAGAGAUGGCUCUGCCAGAAGGGGUGGAAGCCAUCAGUGUUACACCUGCAGCAGGUCACCUGAGCGCAUCGUGUUCCCUGCCAGCACGCCGCGUGCCUUACCUCUUUGCUACUUCCUGUUCUGAUGGAAAGGUGCGCUUCUGGAGGUGUAAUGUCAUUGCAACAAAUCCUUCCAGUAUGGACAAUCUGGUGUACCAGUGGGAGGAGUGGCCUCUCCUGGUGGAGGAGAGGUUUCCCAACAGCAGCGGAGUAAGUGUGCAAGGUCGCCCCAUAGAGAUCAGCUGCUGUCACACUGGACGGAUUGCAGUUGCCUACAGGCAGAUGCCAAAUGCAGCUCUGAACUCACUCAACUGUGUCGGACCAACGACUUCUCCUCCUACACUGGCUUCCUCCCCUAAUGUGCACUAUAACAGCAGCAUGCACCUGACCCCAACCCUGACUGUACAGCGUAGCCCAAAUAUCAUUCCUAGCCCUAACCCAGGAAACGCUAGAGAACCAUUGGUCCACAUUGGCAUCUUCCAGUGUGAGUCCACUGGUGGUUCGCAGUGGAUUCUAGAGCAGACCAUAGUCCUGGACAGUACAGAUCCUACAGCUAACUAUGGUUUUAGCAAUAGCACAGCUGGAAGUACGAAUGAACCAAGUAACAAGGACUCCUUAAUACCGAAUGAGAACUGCCAUGGUUAUGGAAGUAAGAGCCUGGUUCAUUUGGACUGGGUGUCCCAAGAGAACGGGUCACAUGUUCUGACUGUUGGUAUUGGCACAAAGAUUUAUAUGUAUGGCUGUCUCUCUGGGAAGCCCCCAGAACUCGGUCUAUCAUCUGAUGCCAGUAGAGACAAGAGCUUGUCUCGCCUGGUUCUGCUUCGAUCAGUCGAUCUGGUCUCUUCUGUUGAAGGCUCAUUGCCCAUUCCAGUCUCCCUCUCCUGGGUUCGAGAUGGCAUCUUAGUAGUAGGCAUGGACUGUGAGAUGCACGUCUACUCCCAGUGGCAACCCCCAGCACCACCCAAACCCAAUGCCCCAACUGCCCAAGACACAGACAUCAGCAGCAGCCUUUCGUCCAUAAUCUCAGCCGUCAGACAGAGCCAGGAGGAGGGUCUCAGCUCUGGGGCCCCCAUGUCUUCACUGGCCCCUCCGAAAAAGGCCCUGACAAGAUCUAUGAUGAGCUUGGCUCAGAAACUCAGUGGGAAGAGAACCGCUUAUGACCUACCUGUGGAGAUGGAAGAUUCUGGGCUUUUUGAAGCAGCGCAACAACUUUUUCCCACACUGCCACAGUACCAUCCUGUACAGUUACUGGAACUCAUGGAUCUAGGGAAGGUUCACCGUGCCAAAGCCAUCCUCUCGCACCUGGUGAAAUGCAUUGCUGGAGAAAUUAUAGCACUUAAAGACGGUACAAGCAAUCCCGAGAAACGUGUGCGCUCCCGAACCAUCAGCGCUGGAGGCAGCACAGCCAGGGACCAGAAGAUGUUCAGAAAAGCUGAGAACUCCACCCCUGACUACACAGAGAUAAGCUCCAUCCCCCCCCUGCCUCUGUACGCCCUUCUGGCAGCUGAUGAGGAUACACUACCAAAACCUGAAAAAGUGGGCAGCUUCAGCGGAGAUAGUGGGCACGGUUCCAGUCACACUGAUGCUUAUGAUGAGCUCUUUCAAACACCCAGCAUGGCAGACCUGGACCCUCUGGACAAGGAUGAAGAGGAACUGGGGAACAAGGUUAUUGACCUGUCCCAGUACAGUCCAACAUACUUUGGUCCAGAACAUGCCCAGGUUCUGUCCAGUCACCUCCUUCAUUCCAGUUUGCCAGGCUUAACCAGUAUGGAGCAGAUGUCGCUCAUGGCGCUGGCUGACACCAUCGCUACCACAAGCACAGACCUCAAGGACAGCCAGAGCAAGAGCAAAGGUGGAGAGACACUGGAUGAGUGUGGCCUGAAGUUCUUGCUGGCUGUCAGACUCCAUACCUUCCUCUCUACCUCCCUGCCUCCAGCACACCGAGUACAACUGCUACAGCAAGGCCUGUCAACAUGUCAUUAUGCCUGGGCCUUCCACUCUGAAGCUGAGGAGGAGCUGCUGAACAUGCUGCCUGCCCUACAGAAGGGAGAGCCCACCUGGCCUGAACUGCGCUCCAUGGGUGUGGGCUGGUGGCUGCGCAGCACCAACAAGCUACGACGAUGUAUCGAGAAGGUUGCCAGGGCUUCUUUACAGAGAAACAAUGAUCCUCUGGAUGCAGCUAUAUUCUAUCUCGCACUGAAAAAGAAGGCAGUGGUCUGGGGAUUGUACAGGUCUCAGAAGAAUGCCAAAAUGACAGACUUUUUCCGCAACAACUUCAGCGAGGACCGGUGGAGGAAAGCAGCACUGAAAAAUGCCUUUUCUCUGUUGGGAAAGCAGCGGUUCCAGCAUUCUGCCGCCUUCUUCCUCCUAGCCGGCUCCCUUAAGGAUGCUGUUGAGGUGUGUUUAGAGAAAAUGCAGGACCUACAGCUGGCCCUGGUGAUCUCCAGAUUGUACGAGUCUGAGUUUGAGACGAAUUCCACCUACAAAAAGAUCCUCCAGAGACACGUUCUGGGACAAGACAAACAGAUUCAAGCCCACCAUGACCCGUUCCUGCGGAGCAUGGCUCACUGGGUCCUGGAGGACUACAGCAGGGCCUUGGACACCCUCCUUGAUCAGCCUGCCAACAGCGCCAGCUCUGCGUCCACUGAGAGCAAAUGUGAUGCUGGUCCCUCUCCUGUGUCUACAUGUAACCCUGAGGUUUUCAAUUUUUACACCUACCUUCGUACCCACCCGCUUCUCCUUCGCCGCCAUUUUGGCUCUUCAGACAAGGCCAAAGUUGGCCUGACCGCUGAGGGUCGCAGGGCUGACUCCAUCAGCCUGGAGGAGAGAAGACUGUUUUUCACAGCUGCAUAUGCACACCUGCAAGCUGGCUGCCCUAUGCUGGCACUUGAAGUCCUCUGCAAGAUGCCCAAAGUCCGCAAGCAUUCCAAACUCCCCAACCAGGCAGACACAAGCAUCACUGCUGAAAGUGUCGGGAGCAAGAAUGGAAAAACAUCAGACCCUGAUUGGUCUCAGUCGGCUCUGAACGACUACAAGUCGGAGGGAAGCAGCUUAUCCAACAGCCAGUCAGACUCAUUGUUAAGUUUUGACUGGAGCCAGCCGUCACUGACGCUUCCAGAUGAGUCUCUGGAGCUGAAGUGGGACAGUGACAAAGAUGAUGAAGAUGAUGAGGGUGAAGAUGAAAUUAAAAAUGGUGGUAGACCUGUAGAAAGCAGCAGUGUUUUCCAGGACACACAGGAUGCCAUGUCGCCGCUAAUGGAGACGGGAGAGGACAGUGAGGAUGGCAAUGACUUCCUGGCACCAUCUGAUGACAUCUUGGCAGCCCAGCUAAAGUUUACUGCCUGCUUGAAGAUUAUGACCAAUGAGCUCCGGACACUGUCGACAGGGUACGAACUGGAUGGAGGGAAGCUACGCUACCAGCUCUACCAGUGGUUAGAGAGAGAGGUGGUGGCUCUCCAGCAUUGCUGCAGUUACAAGCCCUGCUUGCCAGAGCUGUCUGUCCAGGGUGAUGCCCCUGUUUCUGGGUUGGUGGAGGAGGAACGGCCCGGGAGUCCUCGUGGUGACAGCCAGAGGAGCAGGAGGCACUGGCUGCAGCGUAACCAGCCCUUACUGAGGAUGUUUCUGAGCUACUGCAGCUUACACGGCUCCCACGGUGGAGGACUGGCCUCUGUACGCAUGGAGCUUAUAUUAUUGCUUCAAGAGUCUCACCAGGAUGACUCCAUCCAAUCAGCAGUGACGCCAUGUUCUGAACAAACCUCUAUCCCUCUUCUGAUGGCUUGCACGGCCAACGUAAAGACAGUGGUGGCCAAUCCCAUCGUCUACCUGACCAACCUGACUCAUGACAUCUUGCAGACCAUCAAUGCGCUCGACUCGCCGCCACAUCCCGAUGUUGUCAACAACGAGAUCUAUGUGAUGCACACGUUGGCUGCCUCCUUGUCAGCCUGUAUUUAUCAGUGUCUGUGUGAUGGACACACCCACAGCCAUGUGAACCAUUUCACAGGAAUCAUAUAUCAGAGUGUGUUGCUCUCUCAGAAGCAGCAAGUCAGAACUGUCAGCAUGGAUGAGUCUGUUCAGCCCAACACUUCCCCUUCACAGUGGCCAGGUAUCGCCUCUCUGAUUCGUCUGUUGAGCUCAGCAGGUGAGGAGAGCCAGCCAGGCUUAACUGUGCUGCUCUGUGAGAUCCUGACUGCUGUCUUCCUCAGUCUGUUUGUUCACGGCAUGGCCACUCACUCCAGCAACGAGCUGUUUCGCAUCGUGGCCCACCCCCUCAGCAGCAAGCUUUGGGUGACGGUGUUCGGAGGAGGUGCCCGGACCCCUGUGAUGGAGAAAUCCAAAAGCCCGACAAGAACACCCUCACCAGCCUCACCAAGCGGCUCAGACAGGAAGUCCAGACGAUUCAGGCUUCUAUCAUCACGCAGUGUAUCCAGAGAGGAGAGCCCAUCUAGUCCCAAGCAUGGCCCCGUGGUGGACCAAGAAGCUGCUCCCAUCUUUAAAGAAAGAUUUGUCCCUCCAGAGCUCAGCAUUUGGGAUUACUUUAUCGCCAAGCCUUCGCUGCCACCCUCAGAAAGCAGAAUUGAAUAUGACUCAGAGGACAGCCAAGGCAGUGAAGAUGAAGAUGAAGAUGAUGAAUUUGAAGAUGUGUUUGACCCCAACUCUCCGCAAAGAGAGCAUUCGAACCACAAUUCAUACAGUUGGUGUUUGAUGCGUCUGGCAAUGGUUCAGCUGGUGUUGGUCAACCUCAAGUCCUUUUACCCAAUGGCAGGAUAUGAUCUAUUAGAUCUGCCUGUGGGCUCUCCUCUGUGUCACGCUGUGCUGAAGACGCUGCAGCGCUGGGAGCAGGUGCUGCUAAAAAGGCUGGAGAUAUUCGGGGGCCCACCCGCAAAGUACAUCUCCACCCAGUUCCAGGAUGAAACUGCCGCAUCUGGUCCUGCCCUGCUCAGACACAAGGCCCUGUUUGAACCAUCCAACACCCCAUUCAGGACUAGCCACACUUCAUCGCUGCCAGUGAAGCGUCUGUGGCAGUUUCUGGUCAAGCAGGAGGAAGUGCAGGAGACUUUCAUUAGACACAUAUUUACCAAGAAAAGAGACCCGAAUGAGUCGGGUGAGGACCAGACUGACAAUAUGAAAUGUUCAGGGAUGGAGGAGACAGGAAACCAUCAGACUGAGUCAGAUCAGGGCUGCCCCGGGGGGAAAGCUCGCAUCAUCCACAAGGAAUCUGACAUCAUCACAGCCUUUGCCAUCAACAAGGCAAAUCGUAACUGUUUAGUCAUGGCCUCCACCCAUGACAUUCAGGAGUUGGAUGUGUCCUCCAUCUUGGCCACACAGAUCUUGACAUGGAUUGAUGAUGAUGAUGCUGUUGCUGAAGCCAAAAGUGAUGACUUUCUGGUGGUUCACGCACGCAAUGACUUUGCCACCCUCCACGGCACCACGCCGUACACUCACAGUAGCCCUGGCACACCCAUCAACAUGCCGUGGCUGGGGGGACUGCAGACGGGCCGGGGUGCAUCUGUGAUGAUCAAGAGAAAUAUCAACAAUGUGAGAAGAAUGACCUCCCAUCCCACACUGCCUUACUACCUGACAGGAGCUCAGGAUGGUAGCGUGAGGAUGUUCGAGUGGGGUCACUCCCAGCAGAUCAUCUGCUUCAGAAGUCCAGGCAACUCCAGAGUCACCAGGAUACGAUUCAACCACCAGGGAAACAAGUUCGGUAUCGUAGAUGCUGAUGGAGGUUUGAGUCUCUGGCAGACCAACACAAGUGGGAAUGCACCCAAACCAUACCUGACGUUGCAGUGCCACAACAAGACAGCUCACGACUUUGUCUUUGUGGGUUCCUCCUCCCUCAUUGCCACUGCGGGUCUGUCAUCAGACAACAGGAACGUGUGUAUGUGGGACACUCUGGUGACUCCUGCGAACAGCCUUGUGCACGCUUUCUGCUGCCAUGAGUCCGGUGCUACUGUGUUGUCGAUGGCCCCCAGGCAGCAGCUGCUUAUCACAGGUGGGAGGAAGGGCUGGAUCAGCAUCCUGGAGCUUCCCCACAGGCACCAGCGCCAGAGCUUCCAGGCCCACGACUCGCCAGUCAAAGCACUGGCUGUGGAUCCGACUGAGGACUGCUUCAUCAGUGGAUCAUCAGAGGGCAACAUUAAGAUUUGGAGCCUGACCACACAGUGUCCUCUCUACACCUUUCCAAACGAACACUCUCGCCAGUCGCUGUUCAGAAACCUCGGCACGGGCGUCAUGCAGAUCGAGGUGGGGCCGAACAACCACAUCUUCUCCUGCGGCGCCGACGGAACCAUGAAGAUGAGGGUCCUCCCCAACCGCUUCAAUGUUGUCAAUAACAACAACAACCACGACAACCUCAAGAACGAUGUUAAGUUCAUCAUAUAGACAAAUGUAGAGAAAACAAAUGGUGUCAAAGCAGUUUAAUUGAAUAAUGUGAAGUGCAUUUUAUGAUCGGCACCACUGCUGAGGAAGUACCUUCAAUACCUGAAUGGAGCAGUGGCCGUCUUGGGUUAAUUUUGGAUGAACAAUGUCAUGACAGAACAGUGAUGUCAAGUGUAAAUGAAGGUGGAAUUAUUUAUAGGAUUUACAGGCUUUCGCUGAGUGAGAGAGAGCGUGUCGUCUGAUCCAGGGGCCCUAGUGUGACCGGAGUGAUCUGCUGUGCUUUGUGUGGGACACGAACCCACAUUUUGCAUUAAAAGCCCAAGCUCUACAAGUGUUUUAAACUGUGGUUUGAAACAGUCAAUCUGAAUAAAACAGACGAAAACCCAGCUGGAGAUUCUCCAAAAACAAACUGCCAUCUCAGUGUCUUCAGAGCAGCAUGUGGAGAGCCUUUGGUUUUGUUUUGCACAGCGAAGGAGCAGGAGUGAUGAGACUGAAGAGUCUAAAGCUGAAGCAUUGUUCUUCUUAUACAGUGUCACAUUAUCUCUUAGUUCAUAUGAGAAAAGCAGUCAUGAUAGUGGAAACUCUUCUGGGAUCACUGCUGGAGCGUUCAGGUGAUAAAAUGUAUGCAGUGUUUCUUAUAGGGACAAUGCUAAGUGAUCCCUUUUAGGGGUUUGAACAUCACCACAAGAAUGCAUGGCACAGUUGAACCCGCUCAGCACAAUGCAGUAAGGCCAGUGGACAUCGUACAAAGCACAUUAUAUCCAGUCACAAGGAUUCUAAGCGCAUUCUGGUACUCCAUAUGAAGUUUUGAACACAAAUGAGCCGGCUUGAUUGGAAAAGCUAGAAAGCCUGGCGUCUGUCACGAUCAAACCUCACUUAAGGAAUUACAGGAUGUCAAUGUUCAUGUCACUAUAAAUGUUUAACGUUUUGAUUUUAGGCAUUUGGCUGAUGCCCUUUCCCAGCCGGACUUGAAAUGAACACAUGAAUCUUUUGGUUUUAUAAAAAAAAAAAAAAGGAAAGAAUAAACACAUCUUAACAUUAAAGCAAAAUAGUUUGAGAUUUCACUUUCUCUGAGAUGAGUUAGGUGAGACGAUUGAUACCACUCAUGUUAGUCCCUGAAAUGCAAAGACUGUUGUACGGAUUAAGUGUGAUAUUAACACUCGCGUAUUUCCCAAAAUGUGGAAUUAUUCCUUUAAUCAAGGUAGUUAAAAUUUGUGACUGAGUUUACACGUUUUCUUAAUUUUCAUUUUUCACAACCUGAAUGCGCCAUUUCUCUUACUCUGUUUGCACAUAAAAUUAAGCUAAAUUAUAUGUAUAGUAAUGCAUAUAACUAUACAAGGCCGGAUGUCAGUGAAGCAGUCCUGGCCUUUAGAGAUAAGAAAAUAUAUAUAUAUUAAAAAAACAAUGGUUGUUUAUCCCAGUGUAGAUUUAACCAGUGGUAUUAAUAAGUGUCCUUAAUCUCUGAAAAGGACCUCUGCCAUGCUGGCACAAUGCUAUAGUACUGUUGGUCCUGGUAAUAUUGAUUAUUAAUAUUAGGUUGCACAAAUUAGCUUUAACAAGGCCAUUGUUGGUACGGGGACACCAUGAAUAAUACUUUACUACCUGGCUGCAUUUUGUUUUUUUGAAAUGUUUAAUAUGAAGCUUCAGAACAUGUCGCAGGAAACUUUGCUGUUGACAAUGGAAAAGCGUCGGGGCAGGCAGUUAAACACAUUUUUAGAGAGUACUCUGUUUUGUUGUGGAAAUGUUUUAUUCCAAGAACAAUGCACUUCCCUUUCAUAGAGUCCAAACUUUAGUUUUCCAUACGGACCACGAUUGGAAGCUGCCUUGGAAACUAUAUUGUUUGCCUUGUGUUAUUCUUAAUUUUAACUUUGGUUUCUUUACAUAUCAUCCAAAUGCAGCACAUUGCCUUCAGCACAUGCUUGGAAAAUGUAAUCUAGGUUGGUGUGUAACAUGAUGCGUCUUCCACAUAAAUAAGGAAGGGGUUCAUGCAAACUGUCCUAUAGCCGUUUAGUCUGAAGGAGUAAACUCAUUAAGCUAGCGACCUGUAGAACCUUAUUGUGCUGCUGUAGGGAAACAAAUGUACAUUAGCUUUGAUUUCAGGGAGGAUAAACUGAGGAAAACAAUUCAGAUGAAGCAGAUUUAUUGCAGUUAUGUAUAUAUCCAUAGACUAGGCUUUUCAUAUUAACUGCAUAAUCAUAAGGAGAUAGUCGUAGAUAAACAGUGGGUAGUGACAAAAGCCACUUUAUGAAGAAUAUUCUGUACAAAUACAGGUAUAUUUAUGAAACAUUCAUAUUUAGUAUUAGAUAAAAACAGCUUUUUUUUCUAUUUAGAUUAUUUCUUUCCUUCUCAUUAUUUCAUUGCGAUUUGUUUUCCCCACAAAAGUGGUUGGAAAAUGAUGUGUACUAUUGCAGUAACUUAAUUUUUUUAUUGAAGCCAAACUAUAUGUACUCUUACAGAAGCAGGAGAAUAAAAUAAAUAUCAAAGAGUGCUUUUCCCCCCCAAAUACUGCUUAUUUUCCUUUAAGGCUCACAAAACAGAUUAGUUCAACUACAUCAGUGUGUCGGGCUGUAACUAGUGCGUGAGUAGAUUAAACAAGCUAUCUUUGGUUUAAUCAAAAAGAACCAAAAUCACGUUCAACUGACUCAUUCCUUUUUCCCCCCUUCUGUCUUCAAUCUUGCAAAUGUGAAUUUGAUCAGAUAAUUCUAAUUUUAUAAUGAAGAUGUCGUGUAAAUCAUGUAUUAUACACAGAAAUUGUACUGAUGUAAUAAAAUAAAUUAUGUAACAGAA